CGAGGCUCCUCAAGCGCCUAAACCCUUGCCGUGAUCGGUUCUCCUUUUCCUUUCCUUCGUCGAUCGGUCGAUCCCUCUCUCUAUCUUUCUUUCUCCCUGCGAUCCAUGGGUUGAAUUGUCGGUCGGUGUGUCAAGCGGAUCUGAAAUGGAAGAGAGCUUGUUCGAUUUCGUGGCGCUGUUGAAGCGGCCGGCGAUCGUUGAAACAUUCGUCGACAUAUUGCUAUGCGCGGUGCCGAUUUGGGUGGCGGUGAUGAUAGGGCUUGUGAUCGGGUGGUCGUGGCGGCCGCGCUGGACCGGCCUCGUCUACCUCGGUCUCCGGUCCAAGUUCCGGUUCGCCUGGACCGCCCCUCCGGGGUUUGGCGCGCGCCGCCUCUGGUUUGCUUUCACGGCCCUAUCCGCUUUCUCGGUCGGUCGCAGGCUUUGGUCAACGUUCAGGGGCAAGGGCAAAGAUCCCUCCGCCUUGGACGGGGCUGCGGCGUCCCGUUCAGAGGCGGCGGCGGCGGGGACUGGGCCUCCGUCUCCUGUUGGUUCGCUGGACGGAAACGGUGGCGAUGCAAGUGCUGGAGCCUCACAGAUAGAGAAUGUUGUGACAGAGAAUGACCUAGAACACCUACUGCAUCUUCUUGAGAGCAAGAAUGGGGAAAUGGGGUGGCAAAAUAUGAUGGAUCGCUCCACCUCAAACUUUGCAUACCAAGCUUGGCGCCAUGAGCCUGAGAUGGGGCCCACAGUAUACCGGAGCAGAACUGUUUUUGAGGAUGCAUCUCCAGAUAUGGUUAGAGAUUUCUUCUGGGAUGAUGAGUUUCGCCCAAAAUGGGAUCCUAUGCUUGCAUAUUUCAAAAUAUUGGAGGAAUGUCCUCAUACUGGGACAAUGGUUGUCCACUGGAUAAAAAAGUUCCCAUUUUUCUGCAGUGAUCGUGAAUAUAUCAUUGGUAGACGAAUCUGGGAAGCUGGGAAGACAUAUUAUUGUGUGACAAAGGGGGUGCCAUAUCCAGCUCUGCAAAGACGUGACAAGCCCAGGCGUGUGGAUCUGUAUUUUUCAAGCUGGAUGAUCAAGCCUGUGCAAUCCCGCAAAGGAGAUGGACAAUUGUCUGCAUGCGAGGUGUCUCUCGUACACUAUGAAGACAUGGGAAUCCCCAAGGACGUGGCUAAGUUGGGAGUUCGGCAUGGGAUGUGGGGGACAGUUAAGAAAUUGCACGCUGGUUUUAGAGCAUACCAGCAGGCAAGGAAAUCAGAGACACUUCUGUCCAGAAGUGCAGUGAUGGCAAAGAUAACCACGAAGAUUGCAUCCAAGGACAGUCCUGAUUCAUUGGUACCGGAAUCUGGUGAAGGGGAGAAAGGUCGAACCAUGGAUAUUCAGCGACAAGGAGAACAUGGUGGCAUUGACUGGAAAUGGGUACUUAUAGGCGGCACAGUGGCUGUGGUUUGUGGACUACAAACAGGCGUGAUAGGAAAAGCCUUGUUCGCCGGAGCAGUACGACGAGUUGCCCGGAGGUGAGAGAAUCCCAAACGGAAGCUUUUAGCAUUUCCUUUAAGCAGCUGCAAGAACCUGGGUUCCGGAUUGGCUGCGACAUGGAUCAAUUGUUAAGAUUUAUUUUUUCUCAUGUUGGGUUGCGCACUCACAAGGUGCCAGCGGAAGUAGAAAAUUGUUGGCUAGAAACCGUGACUAUUUGUGUGUAUGAUAUGAGAUUCCCUUAAUCAAUUUCUCUUCAAACAAUUGGGACCUAUAGAAUAUGACCAGUUGAGCUCCUAUUGAUAGGUAACAGAAUCUAUUUUCGACU